GGUCAGGUCGGGUCACGUAUGUUUGGGGGUCACUGUCAAGAGCGCGUCGUGUCCACAUCGUUUGCUUUGUUUGCCCUUCCAAACAGCAGUUAUGUCAGCGAUGGAUAAAUAUGCACUGCACAUGAGAAGCGGCAGGGUUAUGGCUGCAGUCGGACUUGGGACGUUAGCUCCAAAAGAGUCUGAGGAAGAUGUGAUUGCCGCAGUGAAGUCCGCUGUCCGUGCAGGGUACCGCCACAUUGACUGUGCUGCCAUCUACAGGAACGAGCGUGCAGUCGGACACGCCAUCAAGCAGCUGAUAGUGGAGGGCAUCGUUAGACGUGAAGACCUCUUCAUCACCAGCAAGUUAUGGAAUACAUGUCAUCGAGCGGACCUGGUGCGACCGAGUCUACGCAAGUCUCUGGAGGAUCUUGGAUUAAAAUACCUGGACCUGUACUUGAUGCACUGGCCUGUAGCCUAUAGGGAGGGCGGAGACUUCCACCCCUGGGACGGGGACACGGGGAAGGUUCUAUAUUCGGAUGUGGAUUACCUGGAGACGUGGAAGGCACUAGAGGACUGUGUAGACGAGGGUCUGACACACGACAUCGGGAUGUCUAACUUCAACAGCAAACAGCUACAGAGGAUUUUGAGUGAAGCCAGAAUAAAGCCCAGCAUGAACCAGAUUGAAGUGAAUUGUCGCAAUACCAACAGGAAACUCAUAGAAUUCUGUCAGUCACAGGGAGUUCCUGUGGUUGGGUUUGCACCUCUCGGAACUCCCAACAACAGCCCGUCAGACAAGAAGGUCUCUUUGCUUGAUGAACCUGUUGUGAAAGAAAUUGCAUCAACGAAGAACCGGUCACCUGCUCAGGUGUGUCUGAGAUUUGUCCUACAACUGGGGAUCGGAGUUGUGCCGAAAAGUGUUAACGCAGCUAGGAUAGCACAAAACAUUCAGAUCUUUGACUUUGACUUAUCGGACGAGGAAAUGCAGAAACUUUCAGCAUUGAAUAUCAACUACCGAACAUAUGCAGAAGACAUUGCCUUGGAACACAAGUACUACCCUUUCCACGAGGAGUUUUAGUGAAGCAGGGGAGACAACUCUACUAGUCUUGGAGAGAGACAUAUUUCCUACGUGACUACUUUUGUGCGACCACUACAAGAGAGGAUGAAUGUUGCGUAUCAGCACAGUCAGCAAUUUCCAGCUUUCGAGCAAUUUCCACAGAGUAGACAAACCGGUGACUUAUGCCUGAACAAUGAACACUGCUAUCAGGGCAUGAUGGCACCCUAUCAGGGCAUGGUGACACACUAUCGAACCCAAUACUGGGGUCUGGCUCUAACCCAAUACGGGGUUCGACUCUAACCAAAUACUGCAUGGGUCCUGCUCUAACCCAUAACUGGGUCCUGCUCUAACCCAGUACUGGGGUCUCGCUCUAACCCAAUACUGAGGUCCGGCUCUAACCCAAUACUGAGGUCUGGCUCUAACCCAAUACUGGGGUCCUGCUCCAACCCAGUACUGGGGUCUGGCUCUAACCCAAUACUGAGGUCAGGCUCUAACCCAAUACGCAUGCCUAAUUUUGAGAAAUAUUGAUUCAUUUAACAUUGGCAGACAUAUAUACUUCUUUCUACUUUUAUCAUCCAAAACUGGCUCCCACAGCCGAUAUCCAUUGUAGUUAUCUCUGCAAUGAAAAUGCAUCACAAUGCUUUGCAGACCAUUGUGACUGUCAUUGGAUAUCAUGACGUCACAAUCAAAUGACAUCACUAAUGCCUCUGCUACUGAAGCUGUUUGCAGUACUUUUUACACUUGAGACACUGCUUA